AUGCCAAAGGAAAAAUCAUCAAUUAGCAAGACAGGUGGAGACAAGUCUGAGAAAGUCGUGCUAGACUACCUUACCAAGCAGAACAGGCCGUAUGGUGUCAUGGACAUCAUUACCAACUUGCAUGGUGCGAUAACAAAAGCCGAGUGCCAACGUGCCUUGAAUACUCUCGUUGACAAGGAACUGGUGACAACUAAGCUGUAUGGGAAGCAGGCGAUUUAUGUCGUACGGCAGGACUUGAUCGAUAUCACACCACCUGAAGAGAUUGUUGUCAUUGAGCAAGAAACUGCAAAGCUCCAAAAUCAAAUUGCACAGGCAAAAGCCAAAAACAAAGAGCUUACGUCUGAACUACAUGCGCUUAAUUGUUCGCUGACAACCGAACAGAUCAUUGGCAAGCUAGAUCAAAUUGCAAACAAGAAUAAACAAUUGGCGCAACACCUGUCAAUGUUGCGUACUGGAGCACAGCUCAUUAGCACUGAAGAAAAACAACGAGUUGCGAAAGAGUUGGAGCGUCAUCGUAGACUAUGGUCCGAGAGGCGACGCCUUUUUAAAGACAUGUUUGCGAACGUGACAGAGAGCCUUCCUGGCAAACCCAAAGAACUACUGGAGGAGCUCGAUAUCGACACACAAGACCCUUUCGACAUCAAUGCUAAUCCGAGGGAUCUUGUAAAAGUUUAGCUUGUAG